AUGGACGAUUCCUUUGAACCCAUACAGUGGCCGUUCUGGUCGCUGCUCGUCCUCUUCUGGAAAGAAAUUCACCUUUUAACCCUCUUCCCCAAAGGGCUCUGCCAAUCCAAGACUUCAGUCAACAAUGAGACUAUCAGCGAGUCCCCUAAGUUCAAUCCUGAAGAGGUCAUUGCCCACUGCUUCAAGCGGUUCAAGCAGAGCAAGUUCCACCUGCCUCCAAGCCGGCGGCGGGUCAUCGUUGUGCCUCCCGGGGAGGACCAGACACCCAUCAAUCCCAUACCCCAACCCCAGGCACCCCCACAGUUCGUCUCCAGCUUCAAAGCCCUGGAGGAUGGAGAUAUCCAGCCAGAGGAUAGUAAGACCUGGGUGAGCAAAAGGGUAAAGCUACGGAAGGAUCUGGAGUCCUUCGGUGAUGUAAAGAGGUGGCUAACCAACAAGUCCGUCCUCACACCUUCAGAGGCCAAGGUCUUAGACACGGUCCGCAGGAAGGAGAAUCUCCGAUUGGAAACCUUCAUGCCUACUCCCAGGAGCUCCAAGAAGAAGAUCCACCGACUUGCCCACCGCAUGGUGCCCCAGCUGCGGCUGCCCAGGCCCUCAGCCCUGUUUGCCAUGUACUCCUACCUACAAAGUCGUAAGAUCAAGAUUUUGGAUAUCUUCCGCAAGGUGGAUCACCGUGGAAACUUGAAGAUCUCCAGGGAGGAGUUCAUCGAGACCCUAAAGACACUCAGAGUCCCUCUGAAGUACCAAGAAGUAGAGGAUAUAGUGAUCUAUCUCAGCUCUCUUGGGAGGCACAACAGCAUUACCACGGAAAUCCUGGCCAACACCUACAAGCAGUGGUGCUCGACUCAGAAGAGCCCCGUUCCCGCCCCACAGGAAAACAUGGCCAAGAACAGAGCUUCCCCAAAGAACCUGUACAAGCAGGAAGCGGAUUCAGAUGCACAGUCUCCCGAGAAUGACCUGCUGGUGGUGCCCAUGCUUGACACCUACAUGGAGUCACGGCCCAUGUCCACACAGGAGAUGGAGGAGGCAGGCAAAUGGUACCGCAAUCGGAGGCAGCAGCCAAAGCUCCCCAUCCCCUCCAUCCAGUUCAUGGAGCGGUGCCGCCUGGUGCGCUGUGGAAACAGGCGCAUGGACGAGCACUGCCUGCCGUCCACCAUGCGUGGGGAGAUGAACAUGCUCAUUGGCAUAGUCCGCAGGGACGACUUUCUGGUCUACCUGGAGUGCUGUAAGCUCUGUGAGCUCUAUGGCAUCCCGCUGACAGAGGACAUCCUCAUGAAAGCGCUGCUCUACCCCGGAGACAAGGUCAUUUUCCAGCAUGACCAGGUGCGCCAGAUCCGGCAGCCCGGAGGGUACUACUCUGACUGGAAGAUCGUACCUCCGAAGCUGGCUCUGCUCAGGGAACGCUGCCUCUUUGAGUCUGAAGCCAAGAAGACUGACAAGAAAAUGCCAAAGAAAAUCAAGAAAAUGGCCUUUAAGGAAUUUGAGGAAUUCACCAGGAAGGUGAAGGGGGCUGGUGGUCUGCAGCAAACCCACCCCAAUUCAUUCUGGCCGGGGCACCUUCUGGAUAAACUGUAUCUCUACCUACCCACUGUGGCCACUGACAGGAGCCUGGCGCUCUUUAGUUGUGUCCAACGCCCGUCCCAUGCCUACGCAGCCACCUACCAUCCUGACCACUGGUGGCCCGUGAAGGAGAACUACAUGACCCAUGCCUAUUAUGAUGCUGCCAAGGUCUACCACAUCAACUAG